GCAGAGUGAACGCAAAGCACCAAACCGAUUAUUGCCAGCUAGAGCGAAUAGCGUUUUAUAUACGAAAUAUACGCUGCAGUGUGUGGAGAGUGUUAUAUAUGUCAUUACUGAACACCAUACAGAAUUAUCGUUUCAUUAAAACGGAACGGAAAAGCGUAGAGACAUUCGCUGGGUGUUGUGCCUCGGCGGAAACUUCGGGCCCAGUUUCGCGGAGAGUCCUCCCCGUAGUCCUUGAGAUAUCCGUGGGUGCUGUGCAGAGUUGUGUGGAUUUUUUUUUAAGCGAUAUCAAGUUUUUUUUCUUUCGAGCUAUGAGAGCACUGUACAAUAAUACAACUCGAUGAUAGUGGUCUACGCUAAUAGUGAAAAGUAAAAACGUUCGGGCAAGAGAGAGAGUGCCAUCAUAUGCAGUGGAAAGUGUUUUUUCCGAUGGUAAAAAUGAUAUCUUCGAAUCUAAUGUUACAAGGAUAAAGGAAGGCGUUUUGCAUCGUAACGUCAAACAAUGGUUUGAGGGCAAAAUGUGAUGCGAGAAUGAGUGAAGCUACCCACAUUUGAAGCUAGGAAGGAUUUUACUGUGUACCACAUAAAAGGGAGUAGGGAGGAACUUGAAUUCUUAUCGGUUACUCGGAAGUUGUUGGUGGAAGGAUGUGUCACCAGCUUUAGUUUAUAUGGUUCCCUAAAGCACAACCUGCCACGGACUGGAGAAUUGAACUGCGAGAGAAAAAUAGCUGCUGAUUCUUUCUACCGUUGCCAUCAUCCCGAGGCCGAGAUGGCCAACAGAUAGGGCUAAUCAACACACAAACACGACAUGGCCAUGUGCCAAGAAGAAGGGAUGUCACCACGUUUCUGUCGCAGGACAAGUUCAAAGGUGCACCAGAAUCGAUCAUCGACAUCAGCUACGACCAAUAGCUCCACCACCACCGCAUCGAGCGCCGCUGUUCCAUCAUCGAGUGGACGAAACAAGCACUCCAAAGUAGAACGCCAAUCGACUGCUGCUUCUGCUGCUGUAACCAUAAUCCAGCAACGAGUUCGACAUCCAAACUAUGCUGAAGCCUUUGAAAACAUUGCUAACCUAUUUGCAGAGAAAUGCUAAUAGUUCGUCAAUAUUCGGAUUAACCAACGGCAUGGGUCCCACCGAGGAGCCAACGUUGGACGCGAACGAGAUCAUGGCAUCGGACGAGCUGAACUGCGAGGAUCCACUGUAUGAUCCGCUCGCGCUAGAUGGAUGCGAUACCGACCUGAACCUAAGCAAUGCCAGCGUUACAACGAUUGGCAGCGCGGUCGGCAGUGAGCCGGAUAGUAGUUCCACCGGCAAGAUAACCCUUGUGGAUGUGACCAGUCUAAAGGGCAGCUCCACCACCAUCUGCCUGAAGCGGGACUACGACUGCUCGGAGGAUGGUGUGGAAAGUGUUGAAAAUGGGACUUCCAGUGUUGUUAAUGGACAUGACGACAGUGGAAUGUCGCUGGAAAAUGGGCACAAUGAUGAGACGAAGUCUCAGUCUUCCGCCGUCCUGGAAGACGAGACCUUUAUCGCGGUGGAAAGUUGUGUGGACGGUAAUGUGGUAAUUGAUGGGCAAAGUUCUACGGAGGCACACGAGCUCUCUAACGUUAGGCAAGCAAUAGGAGAAUCGACGACGAAAGCUGCUACUGCUACCGAAAGCAGCAGCAGCACGCAACCGAACGAGGAAGAGGAGGCAAGUGACGGUUCGGAUUCUGGGCUUGGUUCUGAACCACCGAGGACAGCUUUGAACCAAGUGAAAAGUAAUCUCAAAAGACACUCGUCAGUGGAAGCUACGGGAGCGAGCAGCGAGAAGCGACCCAAGAGGGCCAUAACUUUCGAUGGUGUGACCGUAUACUACUUCACACGCAUGCAAGGUUUCGGGUGCGUCCCAUCACAGGGUGGAUGCACGUUGGGAAUGGAAUUCCAACAUAUGCAUUCGAAACGUUUCACCCUCGCGGAACAUGCAGCCGAGCAGCGCAAAAUGCACCGGGCGCAAUUGCAAGAACUGAAUCCUCGUAGUAGUUCCAGCGAGGAAACGGACAGCGAAGAGGAACCAAGCGAAAGUGGUUCCGAAGCGGAAAGCGAAUCGUACGGGUUUUUGCAACCAGUAACGACCCGGCAAAGGAGAGCCUUGUUAAAGGCGGCUGGUGUUCGAAAGAUUGAUACCUCGGAAAAGGACGAAUGCAGGGUGAUUAGAACAUCUAGGGAAGUGUGUGGGUGUACGUGUCGAGGUUACUGUGAUCCGGAUACGUGUGCUUGCAGCCAGGCGGGAAUAAAGUGUCAAGUGGAUAGACCAAAUUUCCCCUGCGGUUGUACACAGGAUGGUUGUGCCAAUGUGGUCGGAAGAGUAGAGUUCAAUCCGGCACGAGUGCGGACUCAUUUCAUUCAUACCAUAAUGCGGCUUAACCUGGAUCACAAAGCGAACAAUGAGGAUCACAACGUAAUGGGGAUGCAUUCGGUAAAUAGCUACGGUAGUGGUAAGGACUGGUCUAGCGGACCAGUGCGAUUACCUGGGUUGUAUGGCAUGGUUGGUGUUAAUGGUGCGGAGUCCUUGGACGGUUACCAUCAUCAUCUGCAACAGCAGCAGCAUCAGUAUGGUGCAAAUCAUAGUUAUCUAGCAGGCCACUCGGUUUCAAAUGCAAUUCCUCCAAACAGUGAUUCGUUGGAUCUGCAUUACGCCUUUCGAGAUUAUUAUGGGGCUGCUCAGCAUACCAACGAUCAACUUGCUAUGUCAAAUCCCCUAAUGACCUCGUACUACGGGAAUUAUUCUACAAAUAUGGACCAAUACCACCAACCUCACCACUCGAGUUUAGUUAUAGAGCAGAGGCAACCGGAACCACAUUCCUCCUACCAAGGUCAGAUGGAAAGCGCCCCAAGCAGCUCGGCCAUCAUUGACGAAGAAGCCACCUUGAAUACCCCCAUCAAUCCAAACUUCAACUAUGACGAUCAAUCUGCUAUGACCGAUAUCGAACCCAGUAUCUCUGAACAACCCGUUCACGAAACAAUCCUACCGGAUCAGCAGCAAAGCCCGGAUACAUCUGCUCCAUCGUGUAAUCCGGAUCACAAUUCCAGUUCCGAGACUGUUGCCGAAGCACCGGCAACGGUCGACCCACAAGUGGAGGAUCGAGCCUCGAGCUUGAGUCCUCAAAGCGGCGAUUUCAUAGACCUCAACACCCCACUGACCGCAGGCAGUGAUCGACUGGUGGCUAUCAAUGAUCUUCUCGCAAGCAGUCGUCAUGCGGCGAACCUCGCUAAACAAUCCAUUAUCGCCGAAGAGGACGACGAAUUGAGUGACUUCCGGGAUCUGCCAGUAAUGGCCCUCCCAAGUGUAGUUAACAACAGUGAGGAACAGUAUUCGAUCAACAGCAGCGAUACUCAACCAGAAGAAGUCCUUCCGGAGGGACUUCCACAGAACGCUAAAACGGUGCAGACGGUGGAAACGUCCGCAGAAAGCAGCUCGCACCCUUCGGAUGUGCUCAUCGAAACGAGCGAAAACUUAAGUGAAAUCAUCAAGAAUAGUAUUGUUCAAACCGUGUCUAAUUAGCUGUAGAAAGAAGCUUUAGUAAUGUAUAUUUAAUGAAUUGUUCAUAUUAAUUUUGCUACUUUUGCUAGCAAAUCAGUUUUGCUUCACCUUCAGGGUUAGCUAAUUACAGUUUGUUUUAUACUCUAAACAUAAUUUGGUUACAUUUCACACAACUUUCUUUCACUUUUGUCGGGUUCAUUUGUUUGGAAUAUCAUUUAACUGGCACGAACUCUUCACAUACGAAAGUAGUUCCCUCCCCAAUAACAAUAGUACCAGUAGCUAUAAAUCAAAGAAAGAGAAAAGUUCACAAAAUCGAUUCAACAAAACAAAAAGCGAACAAAAAUUUACUGAAAUUACUUCUUGUAGCCAAUAUUUCUAAGUAGACUAAACAAUGCUGAUUAGGUAAAUGAAAUUUUGAAUUUAUGGCAAAAUGAAGCGAGACAGAAAGAGAGAGAGGGAGUAAGUGAAAAGUUGUCUCUCCUGAUACAAUUGAACCAUUCUUAUGUAAAGUAAAUUAAGCAAAUUUAUCGAAUGAAGUAGUUUCUAGGGAAAAACUUUUACCCAUUGAGGUAUGAAAUUCGCUCAUCCCCAGAUCACAUGAAUUCAGGAGCGGCAAAUAUCAAAGUGCGAAUUGAUCUCGGGUGGAUCUUCCCAGUAUAGGAAUGCGAAUUGAACAUAAUAGGAAAACAAAUGUACGCUAGAAAUUGGAGAACGGCUCUUAGCGAUCGUUUUCCUCUGUAUAUAAGUUUCAUUAACAAUUAACCGCCCCCUCAACAAUAUGGAAUCAUUGAACAAGACAAAAUUCGAGAACUGUGUAAAAUGUGAACACAAAAUUAUUCUAAUUAAUGAUGAGAAAUUAAAACAAUUA